AUGGACAACAUCGACGAGGAAUAUGACCGGCUUGUCGAACACCUUCACGACUGCGCGAAGAAGGCUGAGAGUUUUAAAACCACCAGGAGGCGCCUGUCUCUUGAAACUCUUGAGCUGAUACGCCAGCGUGGAGCAGCACGAGCCGCAGGGAACCAAGAACUCACGUCCGUGCUCGCAAGGCUUUGCAGAGAGGCGAUAAAGGAAAACCUUAAAGAGAGAAGAGCAGAAGUACUGGCUGAAGCUGCAGAGGCGGGGAAAAGCAUCCCCUAUGCCCAUCGAGACUUCGCGAGUGGCAAGAUGAGGAUGACUGCUCUCCGGAACCCGAAGGAAACAAGCGAGAAGAGGGAUGGAGAAAACCAUCUACGACUUCUACUCUGA